AUGCUCUCACGUGUUGCUGCAGUGAAGGCACCCCGCACACACAACCGUCGCCGCGUGACCGGAUCCAGCGGAAGGAGGAGGGAAGGAAGAGAGAGUGAGCCGCAGAGGCCCAACAUGUCCCGGCGUGUGUUUGCUUCUGCGGUGCUGCUCCUAUUUGUCGUGUUGAUGUGCUGCAGUGGAGGUGCACACGCUGAGCAGGCAGGGGCCGCUGUUGAUCCUUUUAAAGGGACGCCGCCGAUAUCAUUUGCUAAUUGGAAGGAGUUUAAGGAGGACGGCGGCAAAAUCACCUCGCUCCGUGUUCCUGGCCUUGUUAAAGUGGGUGAUGAUGUAUUUGCCGUUGCUGAAGCGCAGUGCGGGGAAAAGGAUGGAGCCGACAGCUGUGCUGGGAUUGUCUCAAAGCACCUGGAUAUAAGUGAUGACUCAAUGGAUAUUUCGACGUCGGGUAUAAGUUUGUUUUGCAUGCAGCUUGUAGACACCGCCGCGAAUAAUUUUGGGACAACGGAAUUGUUGCGGCCAACGACACUUGUAAUUGGGGAGAGUGUCUACAUGCUCCUGGGAAACUACAGUCGUAAAAAGCAGCAGAUUCAAGGUAAGAAUGAGCCAGGCCUUUUACUCGUGAAGGGAACUGUCACGGUGGAUGGUGGAAAAAACAAGAAACUUGUGUGGAAUGAGACCCAUGUGGUAAAGCCUCAAGGCAUACGAUAUUCUCAUUCCUUGACCGAGUUAAUUGGCGGUGGAGGAUCGGGUGCUGUUUUGCGUGACGGCGCGCUUGUGUUUCCCAUGCAAGCCAAAGGCAAGGAUGGAACCAGCGUUUUACUGUCCAUUAGUUUUAACCCGUCAGACAACAAAUGGGAGCUUUCAUACGAGACGCCUGGUAAGGGCUGCAGGGAUCCAACCAUGGUGAGGUGGGAAAAAUACGAAUACGGCGAAGAACUCUUCAUGAUGGCUCAUUGUGCUGGAGGCUACUAUGACGUUUACAAGUCCACUCCGCAUGGAGUCAAUUGGCAUGGACACUUCCAACCAAUUACCCGCGUGUGGGGCAACUCACACAAUCGAACAGGGUACGGUGUCCAGAGUGGAUCCACCACCGCAAUCAUUGAGGAAAAGGAGGUGAUGCUCGUCACCGCGCCGGUGUAUGCGGAGGACAAUGAAGGUGGAAAAGGUCGGCUCCAUCUUUGGGUGACGGACAAGGCACGUGUGUAUGAUGUUGGGCCGGUAUCCCGUGGAGAAGAUGACGCUGCCGCGAGCUCGCUGUUGAUGAAAGAGAAGAAUAAGGAGUUGAUUUCACUGUACGAGAACAAGAAGGACGGAGCAUACAGUCUUGUUGCUGUGCGUCUGACCGAGAAACUGGAGCGGGUAAAGGAAGUGGUGAAGACAUGGAAGGAUUUGGACAGCGCCUUGCAAUCCUGCAGUUUCGUUUCCAGUGGCACUGUUGACGCGCACAAAAAGGGUAUGUGCAAUGGUCCUGUUCCCACUGACGAGCUUGUUGGCUUCUUGUCUGGUAACUUCUCUGAUAACACAUGGAGGGACGAGUACCUCGGCGUGAACGCAAAGGUGAAUAAUGGGGAGAGAAGGGUUCCCAAUGGAUGGACGUUCAAAGGACCCGGAGCAUGGGCGGAGUGGCCUGUUGGCGACAUGGGGCAGACUGUGCCGUACUACUUUGCGAACAACAAGUUCACUCUUGUGGCGACGGUUUCCAUCCACGAGGUGCCGCAGAGUGGCAGCAUUCCUUUGAUUGGCGUGAGGAUGAAUGACACCGACAGCACGGUCCUCUUUGGUCUGUCGUACACCCAUGACAAGAAGUGGUUGGCCAUACCUGAGAAUUCCGGUAAUGUGGAGGAUGUUGAUUAUUGGGAGCCAAACAAGACGUAUCAGGUGGUACUGCGAAUGGAUUUCUAUUCUUGGACUGUCUUUGUAGAUGAAAAGGAAAUUCACAACACGAAAUACAAUACGAGUCUGUUUAACUCGCACAGGAUCUCACACUUCUACAUCGGUGGGGACAGUAAGCACCAAAGUGCAACGGGCGGCCACGUGACUGUGACCAACGUCAUGCUGUACAACGAGAAACUGUUUGGAGAUGAUCUGCACAAACUCCACGCCAGCAAAGUCAAUAUUCCAUCACUUGGUGCUGAGAAACAACCCACAGAACAGGCGGCCAACACGGGCGCUUUGGUUGCUUCCGAGUCAAAGAGUGAAGAAAUCACCGCCAGCUAUGCGAAAUUGAAUGAGGAUGAUCUUGAUGAACAAGAGAAAGAAAUCGUCCAUGAUCUGGUGCCUGUAGCGUCUUCUUCCACGGUUGCCGGGGGAUCCUCUGUUUCCGAACCUGCCACCGCAACGGAGAUCGCAGGGAACUCUCGUCCAGAGGACAAUGUCCAGCUUUCCGAAGACAAAACGUCUCCGCAAACCACGCCGCAUGAAGCGAAGGAAUCGAUGCAACGGGAUUCAGAUGUGCAGC